AUGGCAGCAACAGUGGCUAAAUCUUAUUUUAACGCUGAUAUUCCAGAAAUUGUGGUUAAAAGUCUGUUUAAGAAAUAUGACACUGAUGGUAGUGGACGACUUGGAAAGAAUGAAAUGUCAAGUAUGUUGAAAGAUGAUCUGGGUAUGUCGCCCGAGCAAGCUCAAGCGUGCAUUUUAAUGGUUGACAAAGAUGGCUGUGGUGAAGUCUCUUUUGAUGAAUUCUCCUUAUGGCUUCGAACCAGUAAGGGCUUCGAUAACGUCGACAAAAAGUCCAGAUUCCACGUGAUCCAAGAAGCCGUAAAACUCUUCAAGAAAUUCGAUAAGGACGACAGUGACACCAUUGACAGAGAAGAGUUCAAGGAGUUGAUGGCUUCACUUAAAGCUUGCGACGAAUCGCAACUUGACAGCGCCAGGCAAAGUUUGGAUACGAGCGGAGAUGGUAAAAUUUCUUUCUCAGAGUUUUUGAACUGGCUGAACUGGCUUCCGAGAAAUUAA